CCAGCCCCCAUCUCCUCCCUCCCCGUGAUGGCCACGCUGGGGACAGGCCCAGCCCCGGGCUGUGGCUUUGGGGUCACUCCAUGGCUCCGGGGCCGUUCCCAAAUUGCCCUCGCGCUGGUCUGGCUUUUGGGGUGCCACCCUGCGCCCCACAAACACCUUCCUGCCGCGCUGGGGGGGGGCGUGGGGGGCAGAGCUGUGGCUGUGGCCGGGGUGGGGCUCGGCGGAUCCCGGCAGCGAUGCCACCCUGGCCACCAUCUCCAUGGCAUCCAUGCCCGUCCUCUGGGGGUCUUGGGUGGCACGGGGGGGACACAUCCGCCAGCACAUCCCUGCUGGAGAACAUCAGCGUUCAGACCCCGAAUCCCGGCGCUGCUGGGCCGGUGAAAUCCCGCUCCGGGCCCGGUGCCGUUCCCACGCCGCCGUGCCGGGCCCGCUGGGAUGUGGAACCGUCGGUGUGGCCGGGAAGGAGGCGUUUCCCGGCCCCACGCUGGCGCCGGGCCAGGCUCCCAAAUGAGACGCCUUGCACCACGGAGCUCCCACUCACACCUCCCCGGUAUAAAACCCCGGCCCGCCGCAGCCCGCGCACACCUGGGACAGCCCGUGCUGCAGCUCCCCCGGACCCCGCGGCACAGGAGAGACCCCCGGAGAGACCCCCAGCAGCAGGAUGGGCCAGUGCAACUGCCGCAAGAAGCGCAAGGACUGCCAGGAGCUCACGGACGUGGAACGGGCCAUCGAGACCGUCAUCAGCCAGUUCCACUGCUACGCCGUGAAGGGGCAGAAGGAGUACCUGACCCCCAACGAGAUGCAGGAGCUGGUGGUGCAGAAGCUGCCGCACCUGGGCAAGUGCGUGGGACCCCUGGAAGAGAAGAUCGAAUGCAUGGGAGACCCUAACGAGGCCAAGCUGGAGUUCGGGGAGUACUGGGACAUGAUGGGGGAUGCGGCCAAGGGCUGCCGGAGGAAGUAGAGGGUGGUGGGGGACGGGAAGGCGCCCGAGGCCUCAGGCUCUGCUCCUGGAAGCGCCAGAAGCCGCUGGGAUGCGCCUGGGAAAAAAAAAAAAGCGACCUCGCUGCUGCCGGAGGAUUCCCCUCCCCGGCUCCAUCCCCGCCCUGCUCGGCUCUCCUUCCCUCCCCCAGCUCUGUCCCCGGAGUGGGGGGCACAAAGAGGGGGGGUCCUGGCAGCGGAGCCGCCUCUUUCCGUGCGCCCCCACCCCCGGGAUUGUCCCCCCCGCUCCGGCAGCGCUGCGGGUGCGGCUCCCCCCGCCCCGCAGCGAGAGGGGCUCGGCUCCAAACCCCCCUGGAUGGGGAGGGGGCUCGUCCCUGUCACCCCCAUGGCACCUCCAGGGGCACCCCGGGCUCGGCAGCGGGGGGGUGUGCGUGGCCUGGGAGCUUUCCCUGCCGUCCCCCC